GCAGCCAGCUCAGAGCCAGUCAAAUGGGCUCACAGACGUAUUCUUGUUGGCGGCGACAUUCUUUUUCCACAGCCCCAAGUCACCCCCAAGUCUCCACCCCCUUCCUCUAUUCUCCAUCUUUUCCUUCGCAAUGCAGCCGAAUACAAGAACGGUACAAGUAGCGCACGUCUCAGAUCUCGCCACCGAGAGAGAAAUUCACGAGUUCUUUUCAUUUACCGGUCAAAUUGACUCUAUUGAGAUCCGCAACGAUUUAAGACCCAGGACUGCAUUUGUCACCUUCAAGGAUGCUCAAGCCCUUGAAAUCGCGUUAUUAUUAUCGGGAGCAACCAUUGUAGACCAGAUUGUCAGUAUCACUCCUGCUGAGAACUAUGUUCGGCAACCUGUGGUUCAGAGUGAAAGUAUGGCAGACAACAGCGUGAACAUUGUUCGGGAAGACGCAUCACAGCACACUGAGCAAGCCCAGACUACAUCACCUAGCAACGGAAGAGUGUAUGUCAGUAAAGCUCAAGAUGUUGUAUCAACUAUGCUUGCAAAGGGUUCUGCUCUUAAGCAAGAUGCCAUGAAUAAGGCUAGAGCAUUUGACGAAAAGCAUCAGCUAAGAGCCAAUGCUUCAGCCAGAGUAAAUUCCCUUGACAAGAGAGUAGGACUCACAGAAAAAUUUUCUGUUGGGAUCUCAGCAGUAAAUGAGAAAGUGAAGUCUGUAGAUCAAAAACUUCAAGUGUCUGAUAAAACUAUGGCAGCACUGAUGGCAGCAGAAAGGACAUUGAAUGACACUGGAUCAGCUGUCAAAUCAAGCAGGUAUGUGACUGCUGGUUCAGCUUGGUUCAAUGUUGCUUUUGGUAAAGUGGCCAAGGUUGGGCAAGUUGCCGGAACAAAGACUAAAGCAAAAUGGAAUAUGGCCGUGUCAAAUUUGACUGCUAAGGAACCUCCAAUUGCUGCAUAGGCUCUGCUGUACAGUAAUUAGGAAAUUAAUCUUCUAGCAGUGGAAUCAGUUCAAUACUUCAAUAUAUACAUCAAAUAUUUAUAUGAUCUGUUGGAUUGCUGUUACUCCUAGGAUUGUUUUAGUUGUGAGAUAAUGGUCAUCCUAAUGUACAUUUCCAAUUCCCUCCAGUGCAACCUCUUUUUUUUUUUUUUU